UACACAAAUUUCACAUUUAUUUUCUUCCUUUUUCAUCUCCUCUCUCUCCUCUUCUCUCUGUCUUCUCCCUUCUCCACACAACUUUAACUCUCUCUCUUUUUCAUUUCCUGCUGCAUUGUCUUUCUCUCACCUCGCCGGAAAAUGCUGCAGAUUCGACCGGUUAUCAUCCCUCUUCCUCCAACCCCUCUCUGAUCUCUCCAAAUUUCUGCAAAAACUAACCAUAAAAAGCUCCAACCUCACUCCGUUAACUUUAUUUUCCAGCAAAAAAACCGUAAAAAUGUUUGAAUCAAUGUUGGAAUUGGAAAUAAUACCACUCCCAGAAACACCAGAAAAGGAAUCUUCAAAAAACCCAUUAAUCAGAAGCAGGUCGCAAGCAACCACAAGAAGAGUUACACCAACUAACCACCAAAACGACGCCGUAGUAACCCCUCCAAUAGUAGAAAAACACCUCCCUAACGGAGAUCUGUACAAAGGAACCUUCCUAGGAAACGUCCCACACGGCGUGGGAAAGUAUCUUUGGUCAGACGGGUGUAUGUAUGAAGGAGAGUGGAAGAAAGGUAAAGCAAACGGCAAAGGCAAGUUUUCAUGGCCGUCCGGAGCAACCUACGAGGGCGAGUUCAAAGGUGGUCGGAUGGAAGGACAAGGUACUUUCACUGGUUCUGAGGGAGACACUUACAAAGGUACUUGGAUUUCUGAUAAAAAACAUGGUUAUGGUGAGAAGAGGUAUGCUAAUGGUGAUUUUUAUGAGGGUUCAUGGAGGAGGAAUUUACAGGAUGGUAAUGGUAAGUAUAUUUGGAAGAAUGGGAAUCAAUACCAUGGUGAAUGGAAGAAUGGUUUGAUUUGUGGGAAAGGUCUUUUGAUUUGGGCUAAUGGUAAUAAGUUUGAAGGUUGUUGGGAUAAUGGGAUUGUUAAGGGGAAUGGGACUUUCACUUACCCACCACCACCACCAUUACCGUUACCGCCGUCACUACCACCGUCAUUUGUGACUACUAAUCUUAAGAAACGGGUGUCGAUGGAUGGCGGUGUUGGUGUCGGAGGAGAGAGAAUAUUGCCACGGAUUUGUAUAUGGGAAAGUGAAGGUGAAGCAGGUGAUAUAACUUGUGAUAUAAUUGAUAAUGUGGAAGCUGCUUCAAUGAUUUAUGGAGAUGGAUUUGUAAGAUUAGAUCGCCAACUUGCUAAGAGUCCUUGUUGUUUUAUUAAGGAAGCUAAGAAGCCUGGCCAUACCAUUUCCAAAGGUCAUAAGAAUUAUGAUUUGAUGCUCAAUCUUCAACUUGGUAUCAGACAUUCAGUAGGAAAACAUGCUUCAGUAUUGAGGGAUCUGAAGAACAGUGAUUUUGAUCCAAAGGAAAAAUUCUGGACAAGGUUUCCACCAGAAGGUUCAAAACUAACACCAACUCAUAAAUCAACUGAGUUUCGAUGGAAGGAUUAUUGUCCUAUGGUCUUCAGACAUUUAAGGGAUUUAUUUCAAAUAGAUCCAGCUGAUUAUAUGCUGGCAAUAUGUGGGAAUGAUGCUCUUCGUGAACUUUCAUCACCUGGUAAAAGUGGUAGUUUUUUCUACCUUACUCAGGAUGAUAGAUUUAUGAUCAAGACUGUUAAGAAAUCUGAAGUCAAGGUUCUUCUUAGGAUGCUUCCAAGUUACUACCAACAUGUUUGCCGGUACGAAAACUCACUCGUGACUCGCUUCUAUGGUGUGCAUUGUGUGAAACCAGCUGGUGGACCUAAGACACGUUUCAUUGUCAUGGGCAACUUGUUUUGCUCGGAAUACCGCAUUCACCGACGAUUUGACUUGAAAGGAUCUCGACAUGGCCGCACAACAGAGAAGCCGGAGGUUGAGAUUGAUGAAACUACUACCCUCAAGGAUCUUGAUCUUGACUUUGUUUUCCGUCUCCAAAGGAAUUGGUAUCAGGAAUUGAUCAAGCAAAUUGAGCGGGAUUGUGAGUUCCUUGAAGCAGAAAGAAUCAUGGAUUACAGUCUUUUGGUUGGUGUGCAUUUUCGCGAUGACAAUACAGGGGAUAAGAUGGGCCUAUCCCCAUUCGUCCUUCGUGGUAAAAGGGAUACAUAUCAGAAUGAGAAGUACUUGCGAGGACACCGUUUUCUUGAAGCAGAACUACAGGAUAUGGACCGUGUUCUUGCUGGCAGAAAACCGUUGAUCAGACUAGGGGCAAACAUGCCAGCAAGAGCAGAGCGGCUUGCCAGGAGAAGUGAUUUUGAUCAGUACACUCCUGGGGGGUACGGCAAUUUAGCACCUGCUCGAAAUGGUGAAAUCUAUGAAGUCAUACUUUACUUUGGGGUAAUUGACAUUUUGCAAGACUAUGAUAUCACCAAAAGGUUAGAGCAUGCCUAUAAAUCUUUGCAAGCUGAUCCAACUUCAAUCUCAGCCGUAGAUCCUAAGCUAUAUUCAAAGAGAUUCCGUGACUUCAUCGGAAGAAUAUUUGUUGAAGACAGAUAGCAGUUGAAAGAGUUAAACCUAAAAUGGGUGGUACUGUUCCAUUGAAAAAGGAAUCCCCUCCAUUUCCAUGUGGAAAGAAAUCACACACUCAAGAAAGAUUCAACACUUCUCUUCUUGAUUGUAAUGUUUACAAAGAACACUCGAAGGAGGUGAAUCAGAUUCGCGAUGACUGGCUGAAAUUUUAGCCUUGGCUGAGUUUUGUGGAUCAGCUAAGAGCACAAUUGGGACGGGAUCAUAUUCUUGUACAUUCAACGGGUGGAGGUAAAUUAAAUUAAGGUGUAAAUUGGAUUGGUAUUCUUAUUUAUUACUAUAGUAUUCCUCUGUUUUGGGUCGAAUUUUGUAGGAAAUUUGAAGUAAGAGGAUUUGAAAGAAUAGGUAUAGAGAAAUGGGAAAAUGUGUUAUUUCCCCAGAAAAGAAAUUGGGAAGAGGGUGUAUGGAAUAACAAUUGUACAGGGUUAAUAGGGGAAAAAAAGAGGACAGGAUUAUUUAUCUAAAUCAUGAUUUGUAAUAGUUGUAGUUAGUGCCUUUAAGUUAAUGAUUAAGGUUGUUAAGAUGGCUUAA